CACGAGCACAGUUUAACAAGUUUCAUUUGAUCCGGCUCUAUCCAAGCUAGUCCUUCCCGUUCAGCGCUCGCCCAACUCGUCACACCCUUGUAGUUGUUCGAAUCCGCCUCCAUCCCGCCCAUCCGGUGUGCCCGUGAUUGGCCGUCCUGCACUAUGGCUGAGUUGGCGGUCCAGUCCCAUGGACUCACCCCUAUGGAGACCGAAUUCUACGGUCCGAGCAACAAGUACGACUAUUUGCCGGAUGAGAAGAUGCAGCCGUAUUUCCAACACCUGAAUCCGGCUGACGAUGGGAUUAUAACCAAGCGAUUCAAACUGCACAUCACGAACAUUCCGACCAGUCUCAAUCAUCACGGAUUGAGGAAUAUCUUCCAGAAAUUCGGAUCGGUCGUGGACACCUAUAUCCACACACCUCCGGGUUUGUCCUCGGAGGCCAAACGUUGGGGUUUUGUGUACUACGGGUCGCAUUUGGCCGCCCAACAAGCCAUCAAUCAUCUCGAUCGGGCCGAACCGCUCAAGCUCAAUGUGCGUUACGCCCUAAGCGAGAAUCAAUUGGCCAACCUCAAGGCGGAACGUGAGUCGGCCAUGGUCUCAGCCGGACAACACAAUGACCAGAUCCAGGCCUUCAUUCAGCAAUGCCAUCGGUCUAAUGCCAAUGGGCCCAAAAAUUAUUCCACUGCAGGACGGGGUGGACAACUUUCGAAAUUGGCUCAGGAGCAUCGUUUGCCGUAUCAGCCGAGUCAUCUCUUGGAACCGGAAGCCAAAUUUGCUCAAGAAAGCUUUAGUUCGGCCGUGGAUGAACAAGAAGAAGAGGCUUUGGUGCGAAAUCGUGCUCCAAGAUUCGUGGUGCGGCCUGAAAUCGAUCCCGCUACCCUCAGGUCGAAGCUAUUCGGCCAUCCUCACGUGCUUCCCAAAGCUCCUUCGAAGGUUUGCGAGUUCUGCGGCCAAUCUGGUCGCGUGCGGUGCUCCCGUUGUCGAUCAUGGUAUUGUGGACAGAAGUGUCAAUUGGAGGACUGGCCCGUUCACAAGUUGGAGUGCGUGGCUCCACCGCCUUUGGAAUAUCCAGACGGCACCGUGGUCCCUGGUAAGAUCAAAAACCCGAAGAAGCCCCAACCACCAGCUCCUCUAAGGCACAUGUCAAAUCCGGAUGUCGGUAACGCAUUGUCCAAUGUCAGGGAAGAAGCCGCUGAAACCUUACCAAGUAAACUUAAACCCUCUGAUUAUGAACACGUUAAAGACCUGCCCUCAAUGAGUGUCCAGCAAUUGGAGAAGCCGUCCAAUCCAUAUGAUGCGCUUCAUCAAGCUAUUGCCAAGCCGAGCGAAGAGAUCACCCAAGAGAUGAAGAAUCUGAAAAUCGCUGAAUUAGCUCAAAAAGAUAAACCUGAGAUGACACUAAGUCAAACGCCUGAAUCCCAACCCAUGGUCAUCAAACAACCCGAAGCAGUCAAAAAUACCAAAGUCAAUGUCCAAGAUAAGGAAAAGGCCAAUGGAUCUCAGAAUGAGAUAAUUCAAGUCAAAAGCCCCGAGCCUGAAAAGAAUGUAGUUCACCCUCAGAGUGUAAUGCCACCUAGGAAGGUCCGAAUCCCGGAAAAUCCCGUGAUGAAAGAUCCUGAAGUUAAAUUCAUAUCUCCUCAACCAAACGAGAACAAGGCCCCUAAAGCAAAACCAGGUGUGUCUGAAAAGCCAACCGAAGUCAAAAAAUGGAAGGAAUCCAUCGUAAAGAACAUGAUCUCGCAAAAAGGGACCACUCAAAACUUCUUCGUCUUCACCAAUUCUGAGAGUGAAGAGAUCAAUCUGGACAGUUUCGGUGUGAUGCUCAUCGUUGACGAGUACAUCGAGUUCAUCCUGGAGGAGAUCGUCCAAGAGAUUCUAGGCCAAAACCAGCUCAAGGAAGUCAAACCCGGCGAUCUCGUCAUCGUAACAGCUCCCGGUCAGGAGGAAGAGUUUGCCUACAGAGGAUUGGUUCUCGCCACCAAAGACAACGUGGCCAACGUACUUCUCAUUGAUUAUGGCGUGACCAACAAGUACGAGAUCUCCGGUUUAUUCGCAUCCACGCCCAAAGUGACGAGUUUUCCGGCUUUGGGCUUCCGUUUUGUGCCCACGGAGCCUUUGACCUCGGAAAUGAAGGCCCUGAUUCGAGCCCAAUUGGUGGCGGAAGCCAAUAUUUGCCUGGGACAGAUUGGUGAUUUGAUUUCCACAAGUGAUCAGGAGAUCGAUCAUGUUAAUAUUGUUUUGAUGAGUGGAGAGGAGAGAUUGGCCGGAUUUGAGGCUCAUCCAGCCUAUCAAAUUGAUGAGAGAGCCGAACGACUUCAAGGAUGGGAGAAAACCAUGCCUACCUUAACGACCUUGGGUGUCAAAUCAAUCGGAGAUAAUGCCAAAGUCAUGAUGACCUCUUACGAUGAAACCACGGACAUUGUUGUAGUUCAAGAAGUUAAGGACGUACUCAGCGAGUGCCACGCCCAAAUCGACGCCCUAUUAGAAAAGGAGUUGAGGAAAUUCAAGGUGCCCAUCUUCGAGCCUCGGAAAGGCUGCUUGGUGGCUUGCAAGUGGAGCGAAGACGAUCGCUUGUAUCGUGCCAUCAUCCUCUCCAUUGACCCCAGUCGAAAAAAGGUCAAAGUUCGAUUCAUCGAUUACGGCAACACUGCCAUCGAGGGCUACGGCAAGUUGGCCAAGCUUCCCAGCAUUCUCCUGGAUCCGAAAUACCCGCCUGUGGCUCAUUUGGUCAAACUGGAUGGAGUGCCUUCUUUAGACCUGAACACUCCAACCGUGACCGUUGGUUUGAAGCACAUUGCACCUCAAUUGGAAGUGCCUUUGACACUUCAAUUGGUUGGGAAAUCCGACGGAGAAGUCCCGGUGGUCAAACUGGUUCAUCCGAGCAAGCUUACCUUCAAUGAGAUGCUCACUGCCAAGUUGAAAGAAGGCGAUAGCGUUCAGGGCAACAUGCAAGGCAAAGUGGUCGGAGGCAAUUUCGAUUACGACAGUUGUCACAUUGCGGCCUUACCUGCGACCCUAAACGAGGUUCAAAGCGUGUUCGUACUUCACGUAGAGUCUCCCUUCAAGAUCUUCGUCUGUCCGGCCGCUCAAAUUGGUCUCUACGAAAAGGUCGACGACAAGAUCAACGAGUACUGCCAAGAAUUGGCUCUGACCUACUCGCAUUUACCGCGUUGCAACCACGUGUGUUUGGCGAAGGCCUCGGACGAAGCCUGGUAUCGAGCCGUUUGCCUUCAGGACCUGGGAGAUGACCUUUUUAACAUGUUCUUCCCCGAUUUGGGAUACACGGAACAAAUACCUAGUUCGAGAAUGACUGGCAUCAUCGACGUCUUGAUGGAAAUCCCUUUCUUGGCCAAUCAUUGUACUUUGUUCGACUUGGAAGGCAAAGACGUGUCUGAUAAAGGUAUUGAAAAGGUUCUGGAGGUCUUAUCAGAACUCUUGCCUCCCUUCACGGAGGUCCAAGUCCUGUUGAAAGACAAAACUGAAUCCGUCUUUCACAUUCAAAUCCCCGAACACCAAGCCCGAAUUGACGCUGUGAUAAAAGAGGCCAUUGAAGGAAAACCAACUGAAAAAGCUAAUCCUUCAAGUGAAGCGGAGCAAGCCGAGCGUGACCGCCUUAUUGCCGAUUUGGAAGCUCAAUUGGCCAAAUUGAAAGGUUAAGAGCGCCUUACCAAUCGAGUCAGAAGAAACAGUUUGUGUAUCAUGAAUAUGUGUAAUCGCGUUAUCAAGCAUAGUUAAUUAAUUCCAAGAAUAAAAAAAACCACCGAA